GGCCAGUGUUGCAGGCAGGCAGGCAGUGGAGAGAGUGUUGAGCCGCAGAGACGUGCCCAGGGUGGAUAAACCAUGCUCACUAAGUGGGAGAAAGACUCUGCCCAGGACACAAGAUGAAGGUGGAGAGGAAGACCUCCUCUACAGGCGACAGUUUUACUGACAUUCCUCCGCUACUGACGCUCUUUGGCCUCCUCCUCCUUUUCUUCACAGGUGAGGUGUCAGGGGUGAAUGUGACCAGCCAAACCCAGGUGGUGAGGGGCACGGUGGGCAAAGAGGCCCUCUUGUCAGUCAGCUACUCCAGCAGCAGCUCCGACAAGCCUGUGAUUAAGUGGCAGCUGAAGAGGGACAAAGAGAAACCCAUCACCGUUGUGCAGUCCAUAGGAACGGACAUCAUAGGGAACCUGAGGCCAGAGUACCGCAACCGUAUCCUGGUGUUUGAGAACGGGUCGCUGCUGCUUCACAACCUGCAGCUGUCAGACGAAGGGGCGUACGAAGUCGAGAUCUCCAUCACAGAUGACACCUUCACUGGAGAGCACUACAUUGAGCUCACUGUGGACGUCCCCACGUCCAGACCUUACAUCCAGAUGAUGGCCUAGUCCGUCCUGGAGUACAGCGAGCACUUUAACCUCCACUGCUCCCACGAUAACGGCACAAAGCCCAUCUACGGUUGGCUGAAGGGAGGCAAGGUGCUGACCAAUGACACACGCCUGCUGCUUUCACAUGACCAAAAGGUGCUGACCAUCUCACGCGUUGUGAUGUCAGAUGAUGACAUAUACGUCUGCACAGUGGAGAACCCCAUCAGCAGCAUGAAGAGCAUGCCUGUCAGGCUCACUGUCUACAGACGGAGCUCGCUAUACAUCAUCCUGUCCACCGGGGGCAUAUUCCUCCUCAUCACCCUGGUGACAGUGUGUGCCUGUUGGAAACCAUCCAAAAAGAAGCAUCGACCCGUCCCCCAAAGAGCUCCCAUCUAUUUGGAGCAGAGUGAAAAUGGCCACGAUGUUGAUGUUGUUCCCAAACCAACUACACUUGGUCGGAGGAGUCCCAUGCCUCUUUAUGUUCUCAAUGAAGAUGAGACUCUGGAGCGGUUAGAAGAAUGUUCUGGCAAUGCCAGCAUCCAAUCAGAAAUGAGUAUCCCUGCUACCUAUGCUCCAGUGCUUCCCCCCUCCUCCAACAGAACUGAGCGGCCCAUCUGGUCUACCCCUCGCAGAUACCCCCGCAGCCCCUCUCCCCUGGCACAGCCUCUCCCACAGCCCCUUCCAGGUCCUCCCCCACGCCCCCUCCGCUCACCUGCUCACUCCCCUGGUUCAUCUCCACGCAGCUUCAGCCCAAUAAGAAAGGUCCGUCCGCCAGUAGGCAUCCCCACCAGCCACCUGCCUGUAGAGGCAGAGUGUCCCGACCCUUGUGAUCAGACUCACUGUCCAUCACAGCAGUGACAACUGCUCGAAUGUAUGUUUUCAUUCUGCGAUAUGUAAAGUCAUGUGUAGUUUGUUGGUCUUCUGUUAUCCUGCCACAAGGGUGAUGGAUUUGAUGCACUAGGAUAAGAGAUGAGUUCACUGUCAGCUAACUCUUCAUAUGCCAUUAUUUAUCAUCGAUGUCUCUAUGGCUAUGCACAGUAUCCCUGUAGUUUUUUGAAGUCAUGUGAAAAUUUAUAUUCUGUCCACCAGCAUGUAGUAGAUCAUGGAAAUGAUGCUGAGACAGUGAAGAUUUUCCACCUCUGGUAUAUAUUUUGCUUCUUGAAUUAUGAAUAUCUUGGGAGAUUUUGAUAAGUACCUGUACAUAUGUAAGUUAAUAGUUUGGGUCAGGUGUUUUUUUUUUGUUUUGUUUUUGUUUUUGUUUUGAACAAUUAAACCACAAAGUGUAUUCUUAUUCACCAUUAGGUCAUCCUAUAACCUAAGGU